AUGCGCGGCCUUUGCACCGUCCUCUUGGUGGCUUCAGCCUGCGCCGACUCGACCUUCUCGAAGGUCAAGGCACAGCUCGAGGCCAAUAUCUCCCUGACACCCAGCGGUGCUUGGCACCUUGGCGGCUUCUGCUUCGGCCAGGCCACAGGGGAUGCGACAAAGGCAGCGGAGGUGAGGGCCCACGUGGAGUGGGAAGGCCAACGAGCUUUGAAUGAGAUGGGGCCGGUGAAGCUCGUGGCUUUCGAUGCACGAGAGCAGCGCUGGGGUUCCGUGCGGGACACUUGGGGGAAAGAGGCCUGUGAGGACAAGAUCGACUCUGCCAACAUGGUGCGCCUGCUCAACAAGACCCAGGUCAAGUUCAACUUCCGCAUCAAGGUGCACCAGACCAGCGCCCCGCGCGACUGGCACUUCGCACUCUUGACAUGUGGUGAAGUGGAGCAGGCUCCUAUGGUGCUGAGAUUGGAGGCGACGAAGGGCGCCUUGAACAUGUUCGCGGCGAACUCCAACUUCGACUCCUCGAGUUGUCCCGUCACGAAUGUGUCCUGGUUCGCAGCCGCGAGUGACGACGCCGGGUUUUGGGUCCUCCUUGUGGGGGCUGUCUUGAUGGGGGCCUGCUCGGUUCUGUCCGUACUCGUGUGCCGUCAAUUUCGUGGCAAAGGGAAGGACGAGAAGAUCAGCCUUCAACUUCCUCCUCCGGCAGUCAGUGGUGCGGAACCCGUCAUCGGCAGGCCUUGUGCGGCAGUUGGGGAGGAGAAGAUUGUGGAUGGCCAGAUCAGAGCCAACCCGCAGCUAAGUGAGGCAGCCAAUGCCAACAGCUCCGAGCCGGGGGAGCGAUCCCGGUGCAUAGCCUGUACAGCUAAGCAAGUCCCAGCCUACCAGUGGCGAUGGCUUCUGGCGGGAGACAAGGUUCCUGCGGACAUUCGGCUCGUGAAGCUGAAGACCACAACGGUGCGCGCGGAGCAGUCGCAGCUGACGGGCGAGUCGCAAAGCGUCACCAAGGACUCCGAUCCCGUGGAUGAUCCUCAGAUCGUGCUUCAAGGCAAGAGCAACAUGCUUUUUGCAUCAACUACGAUCUCGAAUGGCGCUUGCGUCGGGUGCGUGGUGGCCACUGGCAUGUCCACCGAGAUCGGCGCCAUCCAGGGUGCUGUCACGGAGGCUUCAGAGAAGGAAGAUCCUACACCUCUCCAGAAGAAGUUGGACGAGUUUGGGGCCACCUUGGCAAACAUAAUCUUUGCCAUCUGCUUGAUCGUGUGGCUCAUCAACUACAAGCACUUCUUUGAUCCUGUCCACGGCUCCUUCUUGCAGGGCUGCAUCUACUAUUUCAAGAUCGCCGUGGCCCUUGCUGUCGCAGCCAUCCCAGAGGGCCUUCCAGCAGUGGUCACCACUUGCCUGGCUUUGGGUACACAGCAAAUGGCCGAGCGAAAUGCCAUCGUUCGGAAGCUGCCUUCGGUGGAGACUCUUGGGUGCACCACUGUAAUCUGCUCGGACAAGACGGGGACCCUGACGCUGAAUGAGAUGUGCUGUACCAAAAUGGUUCUCCCCAGCGCUUCCGCUGCUAUGGACGCUUUUGUCGUGAAGGGCAACGGCUACUCACCUGUGGGCUCUGUUGAAGGCUUGGCCAUCGACUGGGCAACCAACCAGGCCUUGGGAUUCUUCUGCAAAGUGGCGACCCUCUGCAACGACUCGAGGCUGUCGAUGGACGAGAACGGAGGAAUCGUGCGUGCUGGCGAGCCCACAGAGGCUGCCCUUCGCGUCCUCGUGGAGAAGUUGGGAUGUCCAGAUGGCGCUAUGUCGAGCCAGCAUCUCGAUCACGAGAGGAGUGCUGCCAGCGUCAUGGCCUUCAACGACUACUGGACCCGGAACAUCCAGAAGCGCGCAACUCUGGAGUUCGCCCGGGAUCGGAAGUCUAUGAGUGUGCUUUGCAACGACCCCGACAUCCAGCCGGAGAACAUCCUAUUCGUCAAGGGUGCUCCAGAGAGCAUCCUGGACCGCUGCACUACGCUCAUGCUGCCAGACGGAACUCUCCAGCCCCUUUCGGAGGAGUCCCGCAAAGCCAUCCUGGACCGAAUGCUGCAAAUGGCCGGCGAGGCCUUGCGAACCCUUGCCUUGGCGGUGAAGUUCGACCUCAAGGACGCCAAGCUACACGACUACGAUGGCCCAGAGCAUCCUUCGCACGACCUCCUCUGUGAGCCCAAGAACUUCUCCUCGGUUGAGCAGCAGAUGACCUUCUUGGGAAUGGUAGGCAUCAUUGACCCACCGCGACCAGAGUGCAUGGACGCCAUCAGGGCCUGCAAGGAAGCUGGUAUCAGCGUCUUCAUGACGACUGGUGACAACAAGGCGACCGCGGAGGCGAUCUCCCGGCAGCUAGGAAUCCUCGCCCCGAGCUCGGAUGCCAGCAGGAAGUCCCUCACGGGCAAAGAGUUCGAGGACAUGUCCGAAACAGACAGGGCGGAGGUCCUUGCAAGAAUGAUGUCUGACCGUGGGCGUGAGGGGGCGGUCUUCUCGCGCAUGGAACCCAAACACAAGCAGAUCGUGGUGAAGAUGCUCAAGCAGCAAGACGAGAUCGUAGCUAUGACAGGCGACGGAGUGAAUGAUGCACCUGCCUUAAAGCAGGCCGACAUUGGCGUAGCCAUGGGCAUGGGAGGCACGGAAGUGGCGAAAGAAGCCUCGGACAUGGUCCUAGCCAACGACAACUUCUCGACCAUCGUCGCGGCGGUGGAGCAGGGCAGGUCCAUCUACAAGAACAUGAAGGCAGUCAUCCGCUAUUUAAUCUCCUCCAACAUCGGCGAGGUCGCAUCGAUUUUCUUGACUGCGGCGUUGGGUAUUCCAGAGAGCUUGGCACCGGUGCAGCUUUUAUGGGUCAACUUGGUCACAGAUGGCUUGCCCGCAACUGCCCUGGGAUUCAACCCACCGGACGACAGUGUGAUGUCUGAGCCCCCGCGCCGCAAGGACGACACGUUGAUCUCUGGCUGGGCCUUGUUCAGAUACCUGACGAUUGGCAUCUACGUCGGCCUCGCCACGGUUGGAGUCUUCAUCUACUGGUUUUGCUACGAUGCCGGCGACGAUGGGCAUACGCUGGUUUCUCUGGAUCAGCUGAUGAACUGGGGUCAAUGCUCCUCUUGGGGAGGCUUUGAUGCGAAUCCUAUUUUGGACCUUGACUUUGCCGGCAACGCCUGCAGCUAUUUCACAGUCGGCAAGGUGAAGGCAGCCACCCUGUCAAUCACCGUGCUGGUGAUGAUCCAGCUGUUGAACGCGUUCAACGCUGUUUCGGAGGACGCUUCCCUCCUGAUACGGCCUCCGUGGACGAACCCGUAUCUCGUGGUUGCCUGCGGAGGCUCUGCAGCGCUUCACUGUCUCAUCCUGUACACGCCGGCAUUGGCAGGCAUCUUUGGUGUGUGCCCCCUGGAUGCCCAUGACUGGAUGUUGGUGGCUCUCUUCUCCCUGCCGGUGCUACUGUUGGACGAGGUGCUCAAGUUCUUCAGCCGGCAGCAGAGGACGUCCAACUAG